CAGAGACACAAAGGCCUGGGGUGUCUUGGGGUGAUGACGGGGCGUGUGGCUGUGGCGGCGGUGCUCCUGCUGCGUCUUGGAGGCGCCCACGGCACCAGGGACUGUGAGGAUCUUCAUGAAGUGGUGGCCGUCAGUGAAGGAGGGAAGGAGACAAUUUGUUUCGAGAGAAGAAAAAAAUUAGAAAAAUAUAGUGAGUCGACAACAGUGUACGUGAAGCCGGGAGAUGACUUCAAGGGAGUUAGUCUUGCAGUGACAGAAAGAUAUGUUUCUUUACCAGUCAGUUUCUUUGCCUGGUUUGGCCUUGACGAGUGUUACAGCGACAACAAGUGGAUCAAAUUGAAGGUGGAUGUGGAAGCAACGAAUAUAUUGAACGAAAUUCUGCAUUUCACCCUAAACAUUGAAGGAUACAGAGGAAGAUGCACGAGGCAACGAUCAUGGGACAAAUACAUCACUGGCUUUAGUAUUGUGGCUCACGGCUCUUCCAGCUGGACAAGCACAGCCCAAGAAACGGGCGGCAGAUGCCACGGUCCAAUACAAUACACGAACCUGCAGUACCCACCCACCUGCACGAAUCCGCCCGACCCUAUCACCACCACCACCACAUCAACACCACCUCCAGGUACCACCACCACCACUACCGCAACAACAACAACAGCACCUCCAGUGGUGAUAGCGGUGCCGAUAGCGGUGGUGGUGGCGGUGAUCCUGGCCAUUGUGGUGUGUGUGACCAACCGGAGGCGACGGCGUGGACAGGGAGAGGGGCAGAAUAUCCAGUAUCGCACACUGUCUUCUCCAGCCUCACCGGAGAUAGGUUCAGUGCACAUCAUGGAGAACAGUCUGUACGAACCCUUCCCCGGCCCCGUGACCCCCGCCGUCAGGGAACAGCAGGAGACAGAAGUCGUGGAGAACAGUCUGUACGACCCCUGCCCGGCUCACUGA